AAGCCAUUUGAACUUCUCAACUCAAUUCUCACACAUACACAUACACCUACGUACACAUAUAUACAUUUCUGUUGUUCUUCGUCCAACUCUCUCUUCAAAAUGUCCAAUGUAGUGAAAAAUUCUAUCAACUUCUCGAUCAUCGUCGUCCUCUUUCUGAUGCUCAGCUCAGUUUUCUUUGUGACUGAGGCCCGUCGUCUCAAUGCUGCCCCAAAAAUUCAUGGAUUUUCCAUCAAUGCCAUCAAGGCGGGGCCGAGUCCAGGGGAUGGACACAAGUACGUUAACGUUCACACUCUCGGAGGAGUCAAGGAAUCCGGUCCGAGCCCUGGUGACGGGCACAAGUAUACAAAAGCUAAGACGCUUGGAGGAAUCAAGGACUCGGGCCCUAGCCCUGGAGCAGGACACUAGACAGCUAGUACUCGAUAAUUCAUAUAUUUAUAAAUAUAAAUUUAGAUAUAGAUAUAAAUAUAGACACAUAGUUCACACUUACUAUAUAAUUCUUUAUUGGAGUUUAAUACUUGUAAUUAUAUAGUUUACCAUUCUUUCCAAGUCAUUUUGGUUUUCUUUAUUAUUAUUAUUAUUUUUUUAUUAAAGUUGUAUUUAACAAUGAACUACACAUUCUUAGGGAUGUGUAAUUUAUGGUAGUAAUGAUCAAUAAAGAACAUUUCCAUGAGAC